CGCUAUUACCAUUGUUAUCCUUUUACAUACCUCCCUUUACUUCUAUAUAAAUGGCCUCUCAAACCCUACUUUGCUUCAAGUAGACACAUAUCGAUUAUUGUUAUCUAUGGCUAAGAAGAUGAUGGUUCUUCCUCUUUUCUUCGCCUUCUCCGUCCUUGCAGCUUCCUUUUCCGAUGCUCUUGUCCAAGACUUCUGUGUCGCUGACCUCAAAUCCGCUGAUACCCCUGCUGGAUACCCGUGCAAGAAGGUAUCCCUUGUCACGGAAAAAGACUUUGCUUAUUCGGGCCUUGGUGUUGCUGGUAACACUUCAAAUAUCAUCAAGGCUGCAGUGACUCCCGCCUUUACUGCCCAAUUUCCCGGUGUCAAUGGCCUUGGAAUCUCGCUAGCCCGCCUCGACCUAGCAGUCGGUGGUGUGAUACCAAUGCACACCCACCCUGCUGCCUCUGAAGUUCUGCUUGUGGUCGAAGGCACGAUCUGUGCCGGGUUUGUUUCGUCGGCAAAUACCGUGUACUUCAAGACAUUGUACAAAGGUGACAUUAUGGUAUUCCCUCAAGGGCUGCUACAUUUCCAGAUCAACUCUGGCAAAACCACUGCUCUUGGGUUUGUCAGCUUUAGUAGCCCUAACCCAGGGCUGCAAAUUUUGGACUAUGCCUUGUUUGGCAACGAGUUGCCAACCGACAUCGUCGCAAAGACAACGUUCUUGGACCCCGUUACGAUCAAGAAGUUGAAGGGUGUUUUGGGUGGAAGUGGCUGAGAGAUUGAACAUUGUUGAAUUGGAUGGAGAAAAUUCUCGCAAACAGAUUGAUUUUUAUUAAAGUUCUUUAUUAUCAGUUGUUAAUGUAUGUUUGUUUGUGUUUUGGGCUAUGUUGUGUUGUAGUUUCUUCCUUUUCAUGGGGUUUUGGAAGGUUAAUUGUGCACACAAUCAUCGUAUCAUGUGUGUGGUGGUUGUAUGAUAUGUAACGUAGCUUUUAAGGUUGUUAUAUUAUCCAUUCACCAUGUGUUUUUUACCCUAAUUUAGAAUAAAAGAAAUAAUAACUUUGUUUCCUUGACUUUCAAA